AGUACUGUUAGCCUCCACUCACAAUGGCAGCCACCUUCUCCAGCCGUGUCUCCAUGUCCUCCGGAUCAUCCAUCGCAGGGGGGAUGUCUGGGCUCUCCCUGUCCGGAGGUGGAGCUCGUAUGAGCGUCAUGCGGGCCGGCAGUGUCUACGGCGGAGCAGGAGGAUCUGGAGUUCGCAUCUCCAGUGCCGGCGCCGGGUUUGGUGGUGGCGCUGGAUUCGGCGGUGGCGCAGGGUUCGGGUUCGCUGCUGGCGGUGGCGGCGGCUUCAGCAUGGCCGCUGGUGGUGGAGCUUUCGAGGCCGUUGUUGCCAACGGGAAAUUCACCAUGCAGAACCUGAACGACCGUCUGGCCUCCUACCUGUCCAAGGUGCGCACCCUGGAGAAGGCCAACGCCGAGCUGGAGCUGAAGAUCAGAAUGUUCCUGGAGGCUAAGAUCGCCCCUGCUGCGCAUGACUUCUCUGGCUUCAUGGUUACCAUCAAUGACCUCCAGGCCAAGAUUAUGGCCAUCAUCGGUUUUAAGGGGGGAGCUGUGCUGGGUAUUGAAAACGCCAAACUGGCUGCCGAUGACUUCAGAGUCAAAUUUGAGGCAGAGCAGGUCACUCGUCUCUCUGUGGAGGCUGAUAUCGCUGGACUCAAGAGGGUCCUGGAUGACCUCACCCUCUCCAAAUCCGACCUCACCAUGCAGAUCAUGGCCAUUCAGGAGGAGCUCGCCUUCCUGAAGAAGAACCACCAGGAGGAUCUCCUGGCUCUUCGCGCACACGUCGGCAGCACAGUAAACGUAGAGGUGGAGGCUGCUCCUCAGGAGGACCUCAUGGCAGUGCUGGCCGGCGUCCGUGAACACUACGAGGCUGUGGCCGUCAAGAACAGGAAGGAACUGGAGGGCUGGUUCCAGGCGAAGACGGAAGCGCUCAGCAAAGAAGUCCUCACAAGCACAGCUGUCCUCCAGACGUCCUCGUCAGAAGUCACGUCCAUCAAGAGCACAGUGCAGGCACUUCAGAUCGAGCUGCAAGGCCACAUCAGCAUGAAAGCGUCCAUGGAAGUCACCCUGGCAGAGACACAGACCCGCUACACUAGCAUGCUGGGCGGCUUCCAGGUACAGGUGAGCAGCCUGGAGGAACAGCUUGGUGCCCUCCGCGGAAACCUUGAGCGCCAGGGCUACGAAUACUCGACCCUGCUGGACAUCAAGACCAGACUGGAGCUGGAGAUCGCCGAGUACAGAAGACUGCUCAACGGAGACGCAUACGUGGCCUCUUCGUACUCAACCAUAUCGUCUUCAUCAUCAUCAACAUCAUUAUCGGCAUCAUAUUCGGCAUUGGCAGUGACCGAGGCAUCCGCAGCAGCAGCGGCAGCAGCAGCAGCAGAGGCAGCAGCAGCCGCAGCAGCAGUGGCAGCAGCAGAGAAAGCAGCAGCAGCAGAGGCAAUCGCAGCGGCAGAGGCGGCAACAGCAGCAGAGGCAAUUGCAGCAGCAGAGGCAGCAGCAGCGGUGUCCGUAUCCACCACACGUACCAGAGUGGUGACAGUGGUGGAAGAGGUGGUUGAUGGAAAGGUGGUGUCCUCAUCCUCCUCCUCCUCCAUCAUUGCAUAAAGAGGUGGAAACUACUGAUCCACAAAUUACCUGUUGAUUCACCUGAGCACAAGGCAGGUUUCACCCUGCAGUUUGUCUCAGGUUAUCUGUAAUGUCAAGUCAGAAAAACUACCAAUAAAACAAGAGCCCACUAACAUUAUCAUUCUCUGUGUGCA